AGGUAAACACCACUUCACCGACCAGAGCGCAUAUCUUUUAUCCGAAGACCUCGCCGAGAUACCCAAAUCUGGGUUACGGAAUGUCAUCUACUGUCCUCUGACCCAAAAUAAAAAGCUGCCAGACUGCGACCCGCACAGUGAGGAUUACGCCAGCCUGAAUUUCCAAUACAAGGCUUCUCAGUAUGACUUGCUCGCGGAUCUGGCCAAGACCAACCUGCACGACUCACUAUCAACCAUUGUGGAGGGGAUGGACAGGUCACUGGGCCAAAAGACUAAGUGAAUAGUACAUCCAAAUCACCAACCCAAACCAAUCCACAGUCAUACUGGAUGCGUCGGCUGCCUUGACAUUCCUGACAGCAGGUUGCUCAUACUAGCGGGUAUGGCAACUAUAUAUAUGUUAUUAACUGUAUGGAUGUGCAUACGGCAAGCAUGCUCCCGUCACCAGCAAUGUAGCACUUUAACGGAUCGUUCCAGUAUAGGUCCUUACCUUAGUGGUGCUGCAACGCCAUGAGGAAUGGCGAAGGCCAGGAACAGUGGCGGAUGACCUUUUUUUAACCAUGUUGCAGACCGCUGCCGCGCAUUGGGAUUGUAAGUGCGGCUGAAUCAUCCGGACCUUUACGAGUGUGUUGUUAUAGCGGGUGCAUACCCAACACGCCCUACAUACAUACAAACUUAGUGCACCGUCCAUGCUUCUAUCAUUGUUCUCAGUGCCCGGUACGCAGAACUCCUACAGCAAACACUACAACGCCGUCGCCUCAGACAGUGGUCUGUGUCUGGCAGCGUUGUCUGGAAUAACGUUGUCACAUGUGCGUAGUAUUUUGCACGAGUGAUAAGUUCGGGUCCAUGUGGGCAAGAACCAAUUGCCAGAGCAACUAGCCGGGUAUUACAACUACAGACAGUACGACAUCUCAGAGUUAGUGUGUGGUAUAAUGCCGUAACUCAAACUUGAGGCUCUGGCAAGGAAUACCUAUUUGUCAGGACAGCGGGUUACGCAAUAUUUUAAAUAUAGCCAAUGUUUCUACUUGAUGGGACCAGUGUCUAGUAUGUUGUAGAUACGAGAACUUGGGGAACAAUUAAGCAAUAAUUGGAUGCCAGAGGAACAAUCGACGUGGUGUAUGUGCAGGUCAAUCCACUGUUCGAUGGCACCAAUGCGGAGUAUAUUGCUGUCAUUAUAACUUGGGGACCAAGUUUGCAAUGCGAAAGUAUCAAGCUAUAUAGCGAAAGCACGAGCGACUCGACACAGUGAAUCUCUAGGCCUUGCGGAAGUUUGAAGCCAGGCCAGACCGACUGAUGUGUAUGACCAUUUCUGAGAUGGGGUAUUCACUGAGCACAAUUCCCUCUGACGAACUUUUAUACACCGAUGUGUAUUGAUAUUGAUAUUAAAUAUAUAUGUGUAUAUACACAUCCGUAAGUUAUACAUUUGCGAUUAUAUAUUGAAGCGACCGUGAUUUAACACUCCAAUAUAAGUCAGUGUUAAUCUCUGACAAUGUUUCGCAUGCGAAAGGCAAGACACUAUCUCUAAUAGUAGGGUUUAGUCUAUUCGACCUAUCUUAAGGUCCGAUUUGUC